AUGUUCGUUGAAGGAUUUUUAAAGAAAUAUAUGCUAAAGAAAAAGUACUCAAAUAUAAUAGAAGCAAUAUAUUGGAAUACUUUCGUGAGAAAAAUAGCAGGUUUAUCAGUUAUGGAAGUUAUUUCAGUGGGAGGUUCACUAGAAUCGAACAUGUCCACUCUCGGAUUGCUCGGGUUUUUAAUAUUUUGCAUUACCUAUAUAAGCUGCGUUCUUGUCGCCUACAGCCAAGAUCAAACAAUCAUAAGGAUUAUAUUUGACACAAAAUUAAAGCAGUACGGUGAUCUAUUUGAAAAAAUUGCAACCGUUUCUUUUGUCAUUUACGUGAUGAUUAAAAUGGGCUGGAAACUCAGUAAUGACACGAAAUUUGCUCAAAUGGUCGUCGACGUUGAUAAAUUCAUUACUGAUAUGAGUGUCGUAGGGGUUUCUAUAGAUUACGUUAGGUAUGCAAUCUCAUCAAUUUAUAUGAUCAUGGCUCAAGAGAUUCUAUGGAUGUGUAGGGUUUUAUCUAUUUUCGUCAUUUUGUACGGACAAGAGGCACCAAUUCCUUUUGGAAAAAUAUAUCAAGGAGCCUACUCCGACGGGCUUGCACUUGGUAUAUCUUCAGCAUAUUGUUAUUCUUUGUUUAUAUGGAAGGAUAAAUAUGAACACUUAAACACGAUCUUGAGGCACAUCAGAGACAAGAAAAUGUGGGAGCAGACCUUUUUUAUAAGGAUAAAAGGAAGCGACACCGUAAAAGCCACGCAACUUCAAGACAAAUAUAUAUGCGAGAAAAUAAGAAUGUGCUCUCGUUUAUGCACCAAAUUGUAUGAUGGGAUUGAACAUAUAAACGGGGCAUAUGGGAUCUCACUGGCAAUCACUAUAUUUGUGUGCAUAAAUUAUAUAAUUCUGUACAUGUUUUACUUCAUGGAAGCGACCGCGGCGGGGUUGUUUCACGAUUUCCCUAGGUACACGCGACUGUUGGUGUUUGUGUUCUGGCAGAUUGGUUAUGCUACUUUUGUCUUCAUUGUUCUUGUAUACUUUGCCGAACUUGCUUUAACAGAGGCGAAAAAGACAUCUUUCAUCGUACAUGAAAUUAUUCAAAAGGAUUUUAGUCCAGCGGUGAAGGCUGAAGCAAUGCAGUUCUCAGUCCAACUGUUGCAUCAGGUACCAAUACUUAAAGCACACGGACUUUAUGUUAUAAAUUACGCUAUACUAUACGAGGGCGGCAGAUAUGUACUACAAUUUUUGGUGAUGCUCUUGCAGUUCGUGGAUACGAAAUAA